CACAUAUUAUACACAAAACAUAUAGAUUACCACCGAUGCCACGAUGACCAAAUUAUUGCCAGGCCAGGUUAAAAGGGUGGCUAUUAUCGGGGCCGGCCCUUCUGGUCUCGCUGCUGCCAAAUAUCUCACUGCUGAGAAAUCUAUCUCCCAAGUUACCAUUUACGAGCAACGGGCAACCCCUGGCGGUGUUUGGAAUGCUACCCCAUCCCUCACCUCGCCGUCCUAUUCCAUACCGCAGACUACUCCCGACACCACUCCGGCGGUGCCGCUGAAGGGAGACGCAAAGGACGGCCAGGAAGGAUCCUGGGAUUUCCAAAGCGCUGUAUACGAUUACCUCGAAGCUAAUAUCCCAAAGCCGCUUAUGAAUUAUACGGAUCUCAAAUUUCAGGAUGAGUCGCCACUCUUUCCUGCACAUGGGACCGUGAAUAGGUACUUAGACGCGUAUGCGGAUGACAUACGGGGCCAGAUUCGAUUUGGGACUCAGGUCCUUGACAUCCAACGCCAUCGCCAUAAGGAAAAAGCAGGCGAAGAAGUGACUACGUGGCACGUAAAGAGCAAAAUUAUCGACACAGACAACGAAGAGACCGCUAUCUAUGACUCGGUUGUGGUGGCAAACGGACAUUACGAUUGUGCCUUCAUUCCCAAUAUUAAGGGCGUCGAAGAUUGGCAUCGCUCUUACCCUAGUUCGGUUAUCCACUCGAAAAACUAUAAGCGGCCCGAGAACUAUGAGGGAAGGAAAGUCGUCGUCGUUGGCGCGGGAGUCUCAGGCAUCGAUAUCGCAAACCAAAUAGCACCGCAUGCACAAUGCCCCCUAUUGCUCUCUAGGCGCGCGGCGAAAGGAUCUUCCUCUCCUCUACCACCCGAGAAGACGUCCAUCGAAGAUGUAUCAGAGAUCGAAGAAUUCAUUGCCGAUAAUCGCUCUAUUCGCUUCGUUGACGGAAGAAUAGAGACUGGCGUGGACGAUGUGAUAUUUUGCACUGGGUAUCUGUACUCAUACCCGUUUCUUCAAAACCUGGAGCCGGCGGUUGUUACAACCGGCUAUCGGACGGAGAACCUAUAUUUGCACAUAUUUUACCACCCAGAACCCACGCUGUCAUUCCUAUGCCUACCUAUACGCAUCGUUCCAUUCAUUAUAGCGGAGGUGCAAAGUGCCCUUGUGGCACGCUUUUUGGCUGGACGGUUUGCGCUUCCUUCUUUAUCUGGGCGGGCAGAUUGGGAGGACCGACUCAUUCAGGAGAAGGGUUCAGGGAAGGCAUUUCACUUCAUGGGAUUUCCAGAGGAUGCUCAUUACAUCGAUGAGUUGGUUAGCAUGAUAGAAAAGGCGGAUGGAGAAGACGAGGGAUUGGGGAAGAAGGCGCAGAGAUGGGACAGGAAGUCUCUUUGGAUUCGAGAAAGCUCCGGAAAGAUAGUGGCGGCUGUUAGAGGGUUAGAUCCUGAAGCCAGAGAUAAGAUUAAAACCUUGGAAGACGCGGGUUUCUGUUAUGAAGGAGAUACUAAGUAGGAAAAACACGUAGAUAUUUGAGAUCCUGUGGAUAGCAGCACCAUUUACAGCAACUGCGGUUCAAUUGAUGUAGGAGCGCUUAAUCACUCGAGACAACAGUAAAUGAGUUAGUAACCUAGAAAUCAAACCGAUGAG